AGACGCAGCACAUAACUAUUCGGCAUCUGCGGCGUUCUUUUGCGAUAUUUCUGGUAAGAAAUGAGUCGAUUGGAACCCAGAAAUCAUAUUCCAGCUAAAGUGUUCGCUCAAUUUACUUCGAUGGGUGAAAAUGAAGGUGUAAUUCCGAAAAGCAUGGACUCGAAACUCGAAGGAGCGUUUGAAAAUAGACGAGAAAUCCAGAUAUCCGAGACUGGAGAGGUUAGGCUUCCUCCAGAUAAAGCCAAGGUUUCGAUUGUCUGUUCUAACGCCAAGGAAUCUGUGGAGGAGGUCAAGACAAGUGUAAAUCGCAGAGUCGACUAUGUUCUGCAGACAUUGAAAUCUCACCAUGUUAAAGACUUUAUCAUCCACAAAACUUUGAACAGAAUUAAUGACCUAUAUCAAAUGGAAAUCGAAGUAGUUGUAGAAUUCAGUGAUUUCUCUAAGUGUGAACAAGUGUGUAACCUACUUGUUGAAAAGCUCGAUGAAACAGUGAAAGUAUCAAGUCCUGUGCUUUAUCACACAGCUAGCAAGCUUGAAUCGUUAAGACGACAAGCCUGUGUUUGUGCAGUCAGAAAUGCAAAGAACAAAGCUUUAGAAGUUGUUCAAAUCCUCAACCAAUCACUUGGACCACCAAUGCUGAUAAAAGAGGAGCAUUAUGAAGAAUAUGUGGGAAACAAUAAAGAGAUCUCACUUGAAAACAAGGACACGGAACACCUGACUUUUCAAGAGAAGGUUGCUUUAGCAACAGUUACAGUCACUAUCAAGAUCUUUGCUAUAUUUGAGAUAAAAGAAAAAAUGAAAGUGCAUAAACAGAAGUGAAACAUCUGAUGCCAGACAGAAAACUGAAGGAUGUUUGUAUUUAUAUAACAUGACUAGAAAAUAAAGUAUUUUUGAUUUUUA